AUGGCAUCAACUUCACCCAACUCCAGAAUCACCGCGGGGUCAAUCCCACAGCAUACCAAACACUCCAUCGACACCCUCACCAGCUACUUAAACGCCCAAGAAACCACCAUGCUCCUCCUUCGCGCAUCCAUCGCCCUCUCGCAAGCCGAAGACUCCAAAGCCGAACAGCUGGUCCGCCGCGCUUUACACACGGCCACUAACGCGCCCACCCCGCGAGACCCUAAGCACGUCGCUCGAUGCCAUUACUGGCUCGGCCACAUUGCCUGGUUCCGAAACGAUCUCGCACAGGCACGGGAAUGCUUUCGCACGGCGUUAGCGGAAGAUGGGCUUCGUGGACUGCCGGAGGGACACGACAUCGACGAGUACCUCUAUAUUCUCCGGCGGGGAGUCAAGUAUGGGGAUCGGGAUGGUCGGCGAUGCCCGCCUAGGACAAAGGUAUCUGGAGAGUACAACAACCCCAGGAAACGGAAGCAGGGGGAGAUGAGACGCCGACCCGAGGCCCCGCGUCGAUCUUCCAAAGCGAAACCAGUGCCGAAUAAGGCGGACGUCAACCAGCAGACGUCCAGUCUCCAGCACAUGCAGUUUCGGUUCCGCAUGUAUCCUACCGAGUUGGCGCCACGCUCGCGUCCGACGAAGAUCUUCCCAGAACAGGCGUACGAGUUCCUGGUCCCGGCGGAGGAGUGGGAGGUGAUCCGCCAGAGAAUCAAGGGAAAGCUGGUCACGAUGGAGUUUCUGAAGCGUGAGCGAGUGCGCAUGUGGAAGAGGUUGCAAAAGUUGUGA